GGUACACAAAACGCUUCUGAAAGUUCAACCUCCUUCCUCUCGAUCUCUCCGCCUCAGCAAACUGCUGCCAACACCAUAACGCCAUCGUUUUGGAUCAUUGUCCUCUUUAUAAUCCCAAACAAGUCAUAGUUUCCAGUUCAUUGCUUGCAUUCCUGCGCAAUGCUGGUCACCUAAAAACUCUGUUUUUCUUCUCAGCUCUUCCGCUUCCGCUUCAGAGUCCAAAGCUUAAGACCUUGUUUAUUGGGUGUAUCCUCUGUGUCAGGAUAUAAAUUGGUACUCUGUUGGGGGCAUACAGUUGUUGAAAGAUGAGUGCCUAUAUUGUUGGCGUCCUUGUUCCUCUCGUAGUUACUCUUAUACUUCGGAAUUCGAAGAAUUCAAGGAAACGGGGGUUGCUUGCUGAUGUUGGUGGGGAACCUGGGUAUGCUGUCCGAAACCGCCGGUUCACUUCCCCGGUGCAGACGGCAUGGGAAGGUAUCUCAACUCUUGCAGAACUUUUCGAGCAUUCGUGCAGGAAGCACCGAGAUAAACACUUUCUUGGAACUAGGAAGUUGAUUUCGAGGGAGAUUGAAGUGACUGAAGGUGGAAAGUCGUUUGAGAAGCUCCAUUUGGGAGAUUAUGAGUGGCUAACGUAUGGGAGAACAUUUGAAGCUGUGUGCAACUUUGCUUCUGGUUUGGCUCAAAUUGGGCACAAGAGGGAAGAACGUGUUGCAAUCUUUGCUGACACAAGAGAAGAAUGGUUCAUUGCAUUGCAGGGUUGCUUUAGGCGAAAUGUCACUGUUGUUACUAUAUAUGCAUCUUUGGGGGAAGAGGCUUUAUGUCACUCAUUAAAUGAGACAGAAGUUACUACUGUGAUAUGUGGGCACAACGAACUUGAGAAAAUCAUAGACAUAAGUGGGCAACUUGACACGGUGAAACGUGUGAUAUGUAUGGAUGAUGAAAUCCCAUCUACUGCCUCAUUUGUUGAGCAGAGCAGGGGCUGGGCUAUUACUUCAUUUGUGGAUGUGGAGAGACUUGGCGGGGAAAAUCCUCUUUCAGCUGACUUACCUCUUUCAGCUGAUAUUGCAGUUAUAAUGUACACAAGUGGGAGUACUGGAAUGCCUAAGGGUGUAAUGAUGACACAUGCCAAUGUCCUAGCUACAGUUUCUGCUGUAAUGACAAUUGUUCCUGACAUCGGAAGCAAGGAUAUUUAUAUGGCAUACUUACCCAUGGCUCAUAUCCUUGAAUUAGCAGCUGAGAAUGUGAUGGCUGCUGUUGGAAGUGCUAUAGGAUAUGGAUCCCCUUUGACACUUACUGAUACAUCAAGCAAGAUAAAAAAGGGAACACAAGGGGAUGCCUCUGUGCUGUUGCCUACUUUAAUGACAGCUGUCCCAGCAAUUCUCGACCGUGUUCGUGAUGGGGUGCUUAAGAAGGUGAAUACAAAGGGCGGACUAUCAAAGAAAUUGUUUGACUUGGCAUAUGCUCGUAGGUUGUCUGCAGUUAAUGGUAAUUGGCUUGGGGCUUGGGGCCUGGAAAAGGUUCUUUGGAACUUUCUUGUGUUUAGAAAGGUCCGAGCAAUUCUGGGAGGUCGUAUCCGCUUUGUGCUGUCUGGAGGUGCUCCUCUCUCUGGUGAUACUCAAAGAUUCAUCAACAUAUGUCUUGGUGCUCCAAUAGGGCAAGGUUAUGGUCUUACUGAGACUUCUGCUGGUGCGACAUUCUCUGAGGUCGAUGAUACGUCUGUUGGUCGUGUUGGAGCUCCACUUCCUUGCUCAUUCAUUAAGUUAAUUGAUUGGCCUGAAGGUGGAUAUCUAACUAGUGAUUCAUCAACCCCUCGUGGGGAAAUUGUCGUUGGUGGUCCGAAUGUUACACUAGGGUAUUUCAAAAAUGAAGAAAAAACAAAAGAAUCAUACAAGGUUGACGAGAGAGGAAUGAGGUGGUUCUAUACGGGUGACAUAGGGCAGUUUCAUUCUGAUGGUUGCCUUGAAAUAAUUGACCGUAAAAAGGACAUAGUCAAACUUCAGCAUGGAGAGUAUGUCUCCUUGGGCAAGGUUGAAGCUGCUCUCCUUGUUUGCUCCUAUGUCGACAAUAUCAUGUUGCAUGCUGAUCCCUUCCACAGUUACUGUGUGGCCCUUGUGGUGGCUUCUCAGCAUACAGUGCAAGAUUGGGCUUCUAAGCAAGGAAUUUCUUUUACCGACUUUGCAGACUUGUGUGAGAAGGAAGAAACAAAGAAAGAAGUGCUUGCUUCAAUCCAAAAGGAAGCAAAGAGGGCACGAUUGCAGAGGUUUGAGAUUCCAGCAAAAAUCAAAUUGCUUUCUGAACCUUGGACUCCUGAAUCUGGCCUAGUCACGGGAGCUUUCAAGAUUAAGAGAGAUGUUAUUAGGAAGACUUUCUCUGAAGACCUCUCAAAAUUAUACACUUCAUGAUUCUUGAGAAUUUCUUCUUCUUCUUUAUUUCUAUAUUAUGAUUUAUGCUGAGAACUAUUGUAAGAAAAUUCGGAGAUGUAUUGAUUUUGUCCCCCUUGGUGUUGAAAACAUUUGUCUUCAUUUUAUGUCA